AAGAAAUACAAAUAUGGUGGAAGUUGACAAUUUUUGGCGCACGCUUUGGAAUUUUUGCAUGUACCACACAUAUGAGAAUAAUUUGUAAAUUGUAGAUACAUAUUUAUACAUUAAACUACAAAAAUGGCGAUGGAAAAACUGUAUUCGAUCCGUGAUACUCACUCCCGGGCAAUCACUGCAAUCGGCUACAAUCCUGCACGAAGGGAGAUUUUGAUAGGCUGCGAAGAUGGUGUUAUUAAGAGCUAUGAAUCUGAAACAGGAAAAUUAUGUUCGGUGCAACACGAACAUAAAGGAUGGGUGACAGACUUUUUAUACUGGACUGCAGCCAAACUUAUGUUAUCUGCUGCUAAUGAUGGAGUUAUUGUAGCAUGGUCAUCUGGUGGUGGUGUUUUUGAUAUAGUUCCUAUUGGAAUACCAGUAUACUGUAUGGCUAUGAACCCAUGGAAAAAGCAAAUUGUCUGUGGUUUUAACGGUGCUAUUAGAAUCUAUGGCUUAGAUGAAAGUAAAGAGAUGGGUCACAUCAUAGAUUUGCAUCCUGUGAAUAUUUUUGAACUUCAUGAAGAUAUAGUAAGAAGUAUAAUUUGGCAGGAUUCCAAAAUAUAUUCUGCAGGUUAUGAUGGUAAAUUAAUAAAGUAUGAUAUAUCAGCUGUGAGGAGUGAAGAUGGAAAGAAUCCAAAAGUAAAUCACCAUGCUCAUGAUGCUGGAAUAUCUUGCCUAUUGAUGGCAAAAGACAACGAAAAUAACACCUGGGUAAUUUCUGGAUCAUUUGACAAAACAGCAAAGAUCUGGACUGUAGAUUUAGACUUAGUACAUCGACUGGACAACUUCAUGGCAACAGUGUCAGGAAUAUGUUAUGUACCAAGGAAUAAAACACUGUGGGUGGCAGGUGGCACAUCUUAUGCCACAUUGUUUGACCCAAAGUCAGGAGACAAAGUUUCAGAAUUUAUAGGAACAUUUCAAAAAGAGGAGGAGGAAAAAUAUUCUUUACAAGUUUUAAAGUAUUUUAAUGAAUUGAAUGAAGUUGUGGCUUGUACCAGCAGACGACAUCUGAUAGUAUGGAAGUAUAACACAUCUGGUUGUAUAACUGCAUUAAAGUGUAAAUCUCCAUUAGAAAGUUUAUGUUACACUAAAAAGGUGCCAAUAUUAAUAUUUAGUGGUGAUCAUGAGGGUGUGAUUAUGAAAUGGGAGAGAAUGCAAUCUAAUCAUUUUAUGUACAGUAAUGAACCUUACCAAAUAAGUGAUACACAGCUUAAAAAGAAGAAGAAGGCAGGCAGUAAAGCAAGGGAAUUAAUCUUAGAACAACAGCUAUCUCAAACAUCUUCAAUGAAACCAUUGGAGCCAAUCAAAGUAGAUUCUGCUAAAGUCAACUUUAGAAAUGUACAAAGUCACUAUGCUUAUAACAAACCAAAUCUCCAACAAACAACAACCCAAGAUGACCAGAAAAUUACCAUAAUGAAAGUUGUCUUUGUUGAAUAUUUAGAUUAUAUUAUAGCUGCUUCAGAGGAUAGCAAUAUUUACAUUUGGGGAUUUGAUGAUGAUGCUGUUAAGGCUUUAAAGGACAUGAAACCAGAAGAUUUGGAUAAAUUAAUCGAAAAAUAUAGUAUACUAUUAGAUCCUGACUCAGAACUUCUGCCAAAGAACAGAAAAUUCAAUGACAAUGAUUCUGUGACAAAUAGAGUGGCAGGAUUUAUAUGUAAAUCUGUAUUUGCUGAACACACUAGUUGUGUAACCAGUUUAGUUGUUGUUGGGAGAGAACAGGGGCUGGACUCCACUUAUCUGCUGAGUGGCGGUUGGGAUAGCAGAAUAUGUAUUUGGGAUUUAGAAAAAGGAAGGCUUCAUGACACCUUUAGAAACACAGCACCUGAUCCAAAGUUAGAUAAUUUAGAACUAGCUUGUGAUGGUGUUAUUAUGGAAAUGGAUUUCUCUCCUAAAUAUAAUGAAUUUGCAUAUUCAUCAUCAGAUGGUAUGGUAUAUAUCAGAAAGUUUUCAUUGGAUGGGUCAAAGAUGACCUUACAGAAUACACUGCAAGGUCAUGAAGGAGAAAUUACAUGUGUUCGAUGGAAUCCUCAUGGCAAAGGAUUCUGGGUAACUGGGUCAGAUGAUGCUACAAUCAGGAUUUGGGCUGGCCAUGGAUUAAAUAAAUGUGAGGCAAUAUUGUCAGCACAAGGUGCUGUUAGCUGUAUGUGUAUAGAUCAUCUCAAUGGAUGCAUAAUAGUUGGUGUUCAAAAUUUUAUCAGGGUAUAUGAUCCAGAAAAUUAUAGACUUGUUCAGACUAAUGAAGGGCACACAGAUUCAGUGAGAACAAUCAUGCAUAUUACAGAAAGAAAUCAGUAUGUGUCAUGUUCUUGGGACAAAACAAUUCGUGUUUGGAAUGCAUACAGAAAACCAAGGAGGAAACACAGGCCAAGCAAAAAUGGAACUAAAACUUCUAAGGACACCAUAAGUGAUAGUAGAAAAUCAUCUACAGGGUCAGAGAAAAAAGUGGGUUUUGUGGAAAGUGAAAAAGACACUGAGAAAAAGGAAGGAGAAGAGGAAAGUCAAUCAAAAGAAAAUGGACAGAUUGAUGGAGAUUAUUUUGAGGAGCAAGAAGAAAACUUAGAUGUUCUGUCUGAAUGAAGCAAUAGAUGUACGAGAACAUUUAAUUAGUAGUCAAAAUGUAAAGAAAAAAUUUAAACUUCUUAAGCACUGUGGUCGGUUGUUGUCUUUUUGACACAUUCCCUUUUUCCAUUCUCUAUUUUAGUUCCUCUUUGCUUUAUCUAAAAGUUUAAAAAUCGUCCAGAAAAGCUGAAAAUUUAUACACCUACAUAUCAUUAGAAAAGUCAGUCAAACCCAUUGCAAAUGUUUCUAUAUUGGAGAAAUAAAACAGUGAAAUAUCAAGACAGAUAUGGAGUCUUUUGUUUACUUAAGGGGACCCUAGACUUUAGGGUCAGGUCAGCGUUUGUUUCAGGUUAGGGUUAAGGGUUGGGCUAAUGUUAGGUAUUGGUUAGGGUUAGGUGUAGAAUAAGGGUUAGUUCAGUAUAUCCCUAUAUGGGCUGGAUCUCCUAAAGUAAAUAAAGACCUAUAUAUUGAUGAAAGAUGAAGAAUUUAAAAAAAUGCAUUGAAUGAAAAAAAAUAAAAAGAGUGCAUUUGAAGCAUUUUGAACUAGUCAUACUUAUUAGAAUUUUUAAUCAUUAAUCACACUUUGUUGAACAUUCACAAUAAUUUGUAACUAUGGUAAUGCAGGUCAUCUAUCAUUCUAUAAUAAUAUUAUCACUAUUAAUACAAUAACUUUUUGUUAGAACACUUUAUUACCUAACUGUGAUAUUUAAAUACUAUUUUUAUUAUAGAUAAUCUUGAAUUUUUAGCUUACUUAAAUUUUGUCAUGACAACAUAUCACAUCUUAUAGGACUUCAGUUUGCACAAUACAUUGAAUUGCAUUUAUUGGUACAAAUAAUGGUGCUCCAUACGAUAGCUUUACAUGUAGUUUAGAAUUUUAUAGCAUUUAUGAAUCAUUAUUUUUGUAGACUACUGGGCUUUUCUAGUGGGUUUGAAAAAUUGUUUAUUGUAUUUUCUUCAUUUAUGACCUUCUCCAAUAGAUUUAAAAGUUAAAUUGCAUUCCAGAUCUUUAUAUAGAAAGAGUGUGUAUGUUUUCCUACUUAAUUUUAUUUCAAACUAUUAUUUUAUUAAGUAGUUUUCAAAUAUCCAUGUUAUUUUGUCUUUAAUUGGAUAAUCUAUCAUGUCUGGUAAAUCUUUCUUCCAAACGGUUAUGUUGAUUUAGAUUUCAAACACACAUUUUACUUUAUUUUGGCAUUAUUUUGUAGGGUAUGAUCUGACCACAAGAAUAUUGACUGCUCUCAGGCAAAAAAAGAGCUAUUUGAACUAUUGCCAUUUUUAAUCAGAUUUAGUGAAGAUUUUCAAAAAUUGCUAAAUACAAAAUUUGGCACCUGUGGCACCAAAGAAUGAAGUUUUUUCUUUUUCAAAUUCACGAAUUGUGAGCCAUUUCAAAUUCCAAGCUUGUCCCUACUGCAGGGUUUUACAUAGAACUCUAUUAAAAGUACAUACAAAAUGUUUGGAAUUGUUUUAAUAUUAGUGCUAAAUUAAAAUAUUCAAACCUGAAUUUAUGUUUUUAUUGUCAUUAAUUAUGACCCAGUGACUAAUUUUUGUACAGAUACUGUGGUAUUUAUUAAGGACCUUAUAGUAUUUGUUAUAUGGCCUUACUUAUGGCAAUGCAUUUCAGGUGAAAUUAUAGGGUAAAUUGUUUUAAGCAUAUCAAAAAUAACUGUAAGGUGUUAUAUGAAUUGUUAAAAAAAAUACAUGUCUAUUCAGGCCUUAUAUAGAGAUGUGCAAUGACAACCAUGAUCCAUUACUGUGGAUUCAUUAUUAUGUAUGCGGUACCAGUUUUUGUGGAUUUCAUGGGUGUAGGAAAGCCACUAAUUUAUAUGGUCAACAAACUUUAAAUUUUCUAACAGCUUGUAUAUGUUACUUUGUCAAAUCCACAAAAAUCAAUUAAAGAAUUGAUAUGUACCAGUAAUUGUUAAAGAAAAUAUAAGUUAUUGCAGUCAUUUUACAAUAGCCUUCAUUCAACAUUUAUACUUAUUUUUAAUAUGACCAAGUAGGAACUAAUGUCAUUGAAUAAUAUUUUUUCUGCAUUACUCAAUGGUACCGCAAAUGUCAGCUUUAUAACUUUUUAAAGGAAUGUUGAUUUUUUUUAUGUUGUGCCAUUUAGUUUGAAUUGUUUUUGAGACUUUCUUGAAAUUUGUUAUCUGUUUUAUGAUUGAUUGUGAAGGGUAACAGACACUUCAGAUAAACAUUCCAAUCACAAUGUUCAACAUUCUUUCACAUUCUCCAUGAAGUGCAAUUUUUCAUGAAUUUUCAUUUUGUUUAAGAAAAACACUCUGGACACUGUUAUAUUUGUCUUAUGACUGAUCCUUGGUAUAUGUAGAAUAAGAAGCAUGCUUUGUCAAAGAACAAACUUUACCGAAUGAAUAGAGAAAGGUUUUUAUUUAUAUUUUCCGUAAUUUUAUAAGUGAUUUUUUCAAUCUAAAGCGGAAAUUUUAUGUGUGAAUUAAAAGUGUUAUCUGCAUAAAACUAUGAAAAAGAGAUGUUUUCACCAUGCCUGCUGUCAUCAACAGUAUUUGUUUGGAAAUUAUUUUUUUUUUAUUAUUUCACUGUUUGUCACCUUCAAUGAGAUAAAACGAAUUAAAAGAAGCUUUAAUAAUAUGAUUAUAGUCUUCAUACAUAAUAAUCAAAAUAUUGUGAAGAAUUAGCACCAGGACUUCCAGAUGUUUACUUUAUGAGAGUUUUUGUUAUUUGUAAAUACUAUUGUCAGGAGCAUUGCUGUGAUUCUUAUUGUUCUGUUAUUAUAUUUCAUAAUAUUUUCAUAUUUUUCUAUAUGUUGUUUUAUAAAAAUUUAAUAUUAAAAUAUUUAGAUAAUA